AAUAUCGACCCGCGAGGCAUCAGUCACGGGGACAGCGUCGAAGUCGGUACACUACGCAUCGCUAGUGUAAAUCUAAACAUCUUUGCAGUGUCGUUUGUGAUAGAGUGGCGUAGUGUUAAAGUGGCAAAAUGGUGAUGUGUUUUUGGGUGUUUUUAAACUUGUGCGCGUUGUGGUGGGCGGGUGCGAGUGCGCGGUCGCUAGAUCCAAGUGCGUGCGCGGCGCGCUUUGACGUGCAGCGCGAUAAGAUCAUCCGGACGGAGGAAUCGCGAGAGAUGGGCGCGCGAUACCUAGCUGAGCUAGACGUAGGAGCACGCCCAGAGUGCUUGCGCCUCUGCUGCGAGACUGACAGCUGCGAUGUCUUCGUGUUUGAGGAAAAGAGCCCUGGCAGUUGUUAUCUAUUCGCCUGUGGACCGCCCGAAGACUUUCGUUGCAAAUUCACGGCUCAUGGCAACUUCAGCAGCGGCGUACUGGCAAUCAGUCGCCGCCUCGCAGAGUUACAGGACCAGGAGCGUCUAGCGCCAUUAAGGCACCAACUUGCCGACUUAAGCCGCGGGCGUAGCACGUCUACGACUCCGACACCACCGCUGGCACCUCACCCACCGCCUCGUCCGACUCCAUCGCAUUCAUCCCCACGAGUUGCUGCUACCUCCACGCACUGCAGCCGUUACCAGUUCGCGUGCGCUACUGGCGGCGAAUGUGUGGCAGUAUACAAUGCCUGUGAUGGUGUUCCUCAAUGUGCAGAUGGCAGCGAUGAAGCACCUGAGCUCGCUUGCCCACAGGCACCAGGUCCACCAGUUCCUGCUACCACAGCCGCACCACCGCCCACACUCACGCAAGUGCGACUCGAAUCCGAAGUAGACACUGGCGGUGAUCUCAGCGUUGCGGAAGCGGCAGCGGUAGCAGAUGCGGCUGAGCUCUGGCCUCAUCGUCUGACGCAAGCACAGCCACAACAUCACUAUAACGACGCAGCGGUACCUGCCCCGGUGACAGGGGAUGCAGCAACAGGCCCACAUAUUUUUAGUCACACAGGUGGCUUGGUGCAACAAUUAGGCGAGCCAGCGGCGCCAGGGCUCAGUUGGGCGCGUCACUCUUGGCCUCAACCACAUCGAGCUGAACCUGAAUGGCCCCCUCAACAGCCAGCCGCACCUCCUGGCUAUUGGCCUGACACCGAACGCAUUUGGUCACCGCAUCGCCUUCCACCCGCUUCAGCACAGAGAGUAAUGGAGCAAAGGGACAGUGCAAUGGACAACACAAUGCCUGAGCUGCCAUUAAUAUAUGGAGGAGACCGUGGCGCAGUGCUACGAGAUUCGCCCAAGAAAGGUUUUGAGCUGAUGGCGGCCGCCGAUCGUGUACCGUAUACGCCACCGCCUUCGCUACCACCUAGAGCGAUGGUUCCAAACGCUGUGAUGCAGCCAAACGCACCACAUCCCCAGCAGACCAUACCAAUAGAGCAUUCGCCUACACCACUCGAAAACACCACCAAGAAAAAAGUUCUUAAAGACAUACAACCAGAGUUAGAUAACACGAUUGCGGCUGCGAAUCAAAAUGGGAAGCUAGCGGUACCAACCGAGCAAGAGCGUUCAAAACAGGUCAAACAACGGGCUCCAACUGAGCAGCAUGGAGAUAUCGGAAGAGUUGAUAUGGGUCAGCACGAGCAUUGGGCCAGUGAUGAGCACGAAGGUCUCAGCGAACACCCGCCUGCUGCCCUGAUGCUACUUGUUCUCGGCACUCUGCUAACCGCGGCGUUGGGCGCGUUGGCGGGCUGUCGGCUGCGUGCUGCAUCACGCCGCCGUCGCCAUCACAAGCGGUAUGCGCUCGAUGCAGAUUACCUCGUCAACGGCAUGUACCUUUAGCCGCAAAAUACCAUGCCUACAUGAGCUUCUGGGCCCACAUAUCAGUUUAAUAUCUGGAAAGGGAAACCAAAUAUUCCACGUCUCUUUCGGAGAGAGCAUGCACUCUUUGUCAGUUUUGUUAAGCGCAUACGCAAUUUAGGACAUUACCUAGAACAUAAAAAAAUAUGGAGUCGCAUUUGCUUUUGAAUAUAGCUAGUUAGGUACAAUGUUGUAAUGUUAAUACGCAAAUAUCGAAAUGUUGAAUUCAAUGUAAAUACAAAAUAGCAAUUAAUUAUUUACUAUUAGUGAUGUACGUAUUGCACACUGUAGUGUUAUUGAACUAAAAAACGGAGACAAUGUCUGUUUUAUACCUGUGUUGUAAUUUGUUAUAAGAAUAUGUAAAUAAUGUAAAAACAUUUCUUAAACUAAGUAAUCCUAUAUAUGUGUAGAUACUUUAUAACAUUUAAAUAGGACGGAGGGUCGUAAGCCUCCCCACAGUCCGUGGUUACGGUGGACCUAACUUUUGAAAUUAAUUGGAAACGCGUACGAAGUGACCUGUUAUAGAUUAAAAAUUUAAUCCUAUAAUUUUUGUAAUAUCAAUACUAAAGUAAAUCAUGUGUAAUACGAUUGCCUAAAACUAUAUUUUAACGGUGACAUUAUUAUAAGAGACUAUUAAAUGAUUAUUUUGUUUCU